AUGCUUCAAGUUGUCAACAGAGACACAUACGCCAUAAAGCGAUUUCUCUUUCAGAACAAAGGAAUAGUUGUUCCAUUUAGUAAACUGGGCGUGCAUCCCGUGCUCAAGAUCGAGAUGGCAAAGCUUAACAAAUGUCUCAAAACUCUUGUCAGCAAGAAGUAUGUUGAGAAGAUCGGAAACUGGCAACAUGCCUGGUAUUUUGUGACUGAAGAUGGACAGAAAAAGCUUAAAGAAGAAGUUGAGAAGCCAAUUGAGGGAGAAAAGAAGAAUUUCACGAUAUUAAGCAUUAAACAGACUGAAACUUACCAGCUUCGUACUAUUUUGACUUUUGUACUUUAUAUUGUUUUUGUGGCAUGUUGUUUAAAGAUAUAA